AAAAAAAAGUUAUGUCAUAAAGAUAUAAACCGGUGCUGUGACUCACCUGCUCUUAGCCGCAGGUGCGAGCGUCUUUGUGCGGCGGACAAAUGGGGAGAGGACGAGGAGGUGGGCACUCGAGCGACGUAAGAUCCACAUCAGCUCAACUGCACUCGCUUCGCAGAGGCCGCCCGCUCACUUCCCGCGGAGGCGCUCCCCGGCGCCGCGCUCCGCGGCAGCCGCCUGCCCCCGGCGCUGCCCCCGCCUGCAGCGCCGCCGCCGCCGCGCAAGCCGCGCCCCGCAGCUCUGGGCUUCCUCUUCACCGGGGUGGCGUUGGGCCCGCGCGGGCGCUCGGGUGACUGCAGCUACUCGGCUCCCCUCCCCCGCCCCGCGCCGCACGGCCGCCCGUCGCUUCGCACAGGGCUGGAUGGUUGUAUUGGGCAGGGUGGCUCCAGGAUGUUAGGGACUGUGAAGAUGGAAGGGCAUGAGACCAGCGACUGGAACAGCUACUACGCGGACACGCAGGAGGCCUAUUCCUCCGUCCCGGUCAGCAACAUGAACUCAGGCCUGGGCUCCAUGAACUCCAUGAACACCUACAUGACCAUGAACACCAUGACCACGAGCGGCAACAUGACCCCGGCGUCCUUCAACAUGUCCUAUGCCAACCCGGGCCUAGGGGCCGGCCUGAGUCCCGGCGCCGUAGCCGGCAUGCCCGGGGGCUCGGCGGGCGCCAUGAACAGCAUGACUGCGGCCGGCGUGACGGCCAUGGGUACGGCGCUGAGCCCGGGCGGUAUGGGCGCCAUGGGCGCGCAGCAGGCGGCCUCCAUGAAUGGCUUGGGCCCUUAUGCGGCCGCCAUGAACCAGUGCAUGAGCCCCAUGGCGUACGCGCCGUCCAACCUGGGCCGCAGCCGCGCGGGCGGCGGCGGCGACGCCAAGACGUUCAAGCGCAGUUACCCGCACGCCAAGCCGCCCUACUCGUACAUCUCGCUCAUCACCAUGGCCAUCCAGCAGGCGCCCAGCAAGAUGCUCACGCUGAGCGAGAUUUACCAGUGGAUCAUGGACCUCUUCCCCUAUUACCGGCAGAACCAGCAGCGUUGGCAGAACUCCAUCCGCCACUCGCUGUCCUUCAAUGACUGCUUCGUCAAGGUGGCGCGCUCCCCGGACAAGCCGGGCAAGGGCUCCUACUGGACGCUGCACCCCGACUCCGGCAACAUGUUCGAGAACGGCUGCUACUUGCGCCGCCAGAAGCGCUUCAAGUGCGAGAAGCAGCCGGGGGCCGGCGGCGGGGGCGGGAACGGGAGCGGCGGCGCCAAGGGCGGCCCUGAGAGCCGCAAGGACCCCUCUGGCGCCUCUAACCCCAGCGCCGACUCGCCCCUCCAUCGGGGCGUGCACGGGAAGGCCGGCCAGCUAGAGGGCGCGCCGGCCCCGGGGCCCGCCGCCAGCCCCCAGACUCUGGACCACAGUGGGGCGACGGCGACAGGGGGCGCCUCGGAGUUGAAGACACCAGCCUCCUCAUCUGCGCCCCCCAUAAGCUCCGGGCCGGGGGCGCUGGCCUCUGUGCCCCCCUCUCACCCGGCACACGGCCUGGCACCCCACGAGUCCCAGCUGCAUCUGAAAGGGGACCCCCACUACUCCUUCAACCACCCGUUCUCCAUCAACAACCUCAUGUCCUCAUCGGAGCAGCAGCAUAAGCUGGACUUCAAGGCAUACGAGCAGGCACUGCAGUACUCGCCUUACGGCUCUACGUUGCCCACCAGCCUGCCUCUAGGUAGCGCCUCGGUGACCACCAGGAGCCCCAUCGAGCCCUCAGCCCUGGAGCCGGCGUACUACCAAGGUGUGUAUUCCAGACCGGUCCUAAACACUUCCUAGCUCCCGGGACUGGGGGGUUUGUCAGGCAUAGCCAUGCUGGUAGCAAGAGAAAAAAAUCAACAGCAAACAAAACCACACAAACCAACCCGACAACAGCAUAAUAAAAUCCCAACAACUAUUUUUAUUUCAUUGUUCAUACACAACCUUUCCCCCAGUGCAAAAGACUGUUACUUUAUUAUUGUAUUCAAAAUUCAUUGUGUAUAUUACUACAAAGACAACCCCAAACCAAUUUUUUUCCUGCGAAGUUUAAUGAUCCACAAGUGUAUAUAUGAAAUUCUCCUCCUCCUUUGCCCCCCUCUCUUUAUUCCCUGUUUCCCCUUCAGGCAUUCUAGUUUAUGGAGGGUUAUUUAAAAAAAAACAAAACAAGAAGAUGCUCAAGUUUGUAAAAUAUUUGUUUGUGCUUUUCCCCCCUCCUUACCUGACCCCCUACGAGUUUACAGGUCUGUGGCAAUACUCUUAACCAUAAGAAUUGAAAUGGUGAAGAAACAAGUAUACACUAGAGGUUCUUAAAGUAUUGAAAGACAAUACUGCUGUUAGAUAGCAAGACAUAAACAGAUUAUAAACAUCAGAGCCAUUUGUUUUUCAGUUUACAUUUCUGAUACAUGCAGAUAGCAGAUGUCUUUAAAUGAAAUACAUGUAUAUUGUGUAUGGACUUAAUUAUGCACAUGCUCAGAUGUGUAGACAUCCUCCGUAUAUUUACAAAACAUAUAGAGGUAAUAGAUAGGUGAUAUACAUGAUACAUUCUCAAGAGCUGCUUGACCGAAAGUUACAAGGAUCCCAACCCCUUUGUCUUCUCUACCCACAGACGGCCCUGGGAAUCAAUUCCUCAGGAAUUGCCCUCAAGAACUCUGCUUCUUGCUUUGCAGAGUGCCAUGGUCAUGUCAUUCUGAGGUCACAUAACAUAUAAAAUUAGUUUCUAUGAGUGUAUACCAUUUAAAGAAUUUUUUUUUCCAGAAAAAGGGAAUAUUACAAUGUUGGAGGAGAGAUAAGUUAUAGGGAGCUGGAUUUCAAAACGUGGUCCAAGAUUUAAAAAUCCUAUUGAUUGUGGCCAUUUUAAUCAUUGCCAUCGUGUGCUUGUUUCAUCCAGUGUUAUGCACUUUCCACAGUUGGACAUGGUGUUAGUAUAGCCAGACGGGUUUCAUUAUUAUUUCUCUUUGCUUUCUCAAUGUUAAUUUAUUGCAUGGUUUAUUCUUUUUCUUUACAGCUGAAAUUGCUUUAAAUGAUGGUGAAAAUUACAACUUAAAUUGUUAAUUUUUAUCAAUGUGAUUGUAAUUAAAAAUAUUUUGAUUUAAAUAACAAAAAUAAUACCAGAUUUUAAGCCGUGGAAAAUGUUCUUGAUCAUUUGCAAUUAAGGACUUUAAAUAAAUCAAAUGUUAACAAAAGAGGAUUUCUGUUAUUUUUCUUCACUUAACUAAAUCCAAAGUGGAUAUUUCUAAAUACGAUAUUUUUCAAAUUCUAGAACUGAAUAUAAAUGACAAAAAUGAAAAUAAAAUUGUUUUUUCUGUUAUUAUAAAUGAAUGUUAAAGGGAGUGAAAGAAAUUCAAGUACAGUGUAUAAAUUGAUUUAAUAUUCCAAGAAUUGAGAUUUUUAAGAUUCUUUAUUCCCAGUGAUGUUUACUUCAUUUUUUUUUUCACAUCGGCUUAAGCCUUCUGUGUUUCCUUUGAGCCUUUUCACUACAAAAUCAAAUAUUAAUUUAACUACCUUUCCUCCUUCCCCAAUGUAUCACUUUCCUUUAUCUGAGAAUUCUUCCAAUGAAAAUAAAAUAUCAGCUGUGGCUGAUAGAAUUAAGUUGUCUCCA